CAAAUAUCCACACAAACAUAAAUAGAGGUAUCUUGUGAUAGCAGGCGUUAUAAUAUUCCAACCGCAGCGAAAUUAAUAUUGUCAGAAUUGGAACAGAGUACUGCAAAGUUUCUUCAAGUUCUGCUCAAAAUGUUCAUCGGAAGCUUUAUCGUUGUGAUUAUCUUUGUGAAUCUGGAUUUAUCUACGGCGCAGUCAGACGACCAACUCCCAUCAUUAUGCUGUGUUACUGGUGACAGACGAAAUUAUCGAAUCAACACAACAUUUAUAACAGCUGAUUGUAAAUCUAAAUGUGUUUGUACUCAAGACGCAUAUCUUGCCUGUAUUCCACUCUGUCCAAAGCCAAUCCUAAAAUGCCCUGUCGGUUUCAUACAGCGCAAAGCUAGCGAACUCAUUGUAGCCAAAAAACGAGUCUGUACUUGUCCGAAGUAUGAAUGUGUACCAUUAUCAGGCUCCAGUUCAAUUUUUUGUCAAGAGGGAAAUGACCUCCACAAACCAGGAGACGAGUUCGUCAGAAAUUGCCAAGAAAGAUGUCGUUGUCAAAACAGUGGUCAAGUAAAAUGCGUUUCUUUAUGUCCGAAUAACAAAGCUUGCAUGGUUGAUCACACAGAAAAGAAUGUGCUGGUGCCAACACCUGACAACAAGUGUCAAUGCUUAGUCAAAUCUUGCAAGCCAGUACCAUAUAAUGACAAGUGCAUUGUGGAUGGCCAAACAUACUGGUCAGGUGAUAGUUUUGUGUCUUCCGAUUGCUCAAGCAAAUGUACCUGCAAUCCUGGUGGGAAAGUAUUUUGUAUUCCGCUUUGCCCACCUCAAGGAAAUAGUUGUAAACUCGAUGAGCAAGCGGUAAUGGUUGAGAAAAGGAUUCCAGGCUCUACCUGCAAGUGCCCAUCUGUGAAAUGUGUCAAGAAUAACCGUGUGAUAUCCGUUGUUGGCCAACAUGUCAACCAAGUACCAACACGACAACCAAUUCUUCCCAAGUACCAAUGUACAACAUCCAGUGGAAUAACUUUCCCUAUUGGUUCAGUUUUCACUGACAACAACUGUGCUUCUCAAUGCUUUUGUCAAAAUGGUGGCGUAAUUUCAUGCAACCAAUUGUGUUAUCCUGUGGUUCCUGACAAUUCGUGUACGAAUUCUAAAACUGUACAAAUUCCAACUGGCUUGCCUGAUGCUCAAGGAAAAAGUUGUUCCUGUCCAUCCGUGACGUGUAUCUGAUCCAGUUAACGCUGGAGAUCAGACGGAACUAACGGAACAAUCAUAAUAUAUAUUUUAAAUAACGUUGUCGACUUUACGCUGUAUUUUUGUUUGGGAAAUAUUGGGAAAUAUUAUAUUGAUUGGGAAAUCAUUUUGAUUGGGAAAUAAAAUGUUUGAAACAUACAUUGAA